AUGGCAUUUGCUCCUCGUUUGUUGUUUCUGCUGUGUGGCAUCAGUGGGCUGCUGGCAGGAAGUUGUCCUUUUCCAUUGAAGACAGGUCGCUGUCCUGUGGGCUGGACUCAGUUGGACGAUCGCUGUUUCAUCUUCCAAAAUGUGGACGUUAACUUUGCUACCGCAGAGACCAUCUGCAAUAUUCUUGGUGGGAACCUGGCCUCCAUUCACAGUAAUCUGGAAAAUGAAGUAAUUAGACAAUUGAUUUUCGAAGGAACUGGCUUUACCAGACACACCUGGAUUGGAUUCAGUGACUCAAUACAGGAGGGAAACUAUAUUUGGACUGAUGGCUCACAGGUAGAUUUCACUGACUGGGAAACUGGCCGCCCAAACAACAACGGAAACCAAGACUGUGCAGUGGUCAACUUCAACAACGUUGAUAACUGGAACGAUAUCCGAUGCCGGCAGAUAAGACCUUUAAUUUGUGCCAGAGAUUUGAAAUAUCACAAUUAAUUAGAUAUAUAUGAUAUCUUCUAGAGCAGUGUUUUCCACUGUCUAGGUUACCCUUCUUAGCCAAUGUCUUUC